AUGGCGAUGGCGGGUCGUAUGAGGUCCGGUUUCUCUAUCUUCCAUAAGACACUGAAGGCGGAAUCGGCCGUCGAGCAUGGGAGGAUUGGAAGCCCUAGCAACAUUGUUUCCCAGGUAAACCGGGAAGCCCAGAAUAGGCCUGUUGUUGGACAGUGCGUGAUGUUUAUCGAGAGAGACUGUCUGUGUCUGGAUUCCGUCGUCGCUCGUUUGGAUCGAAGUCCUUUCGUUGAUCCUUGCAACCGAUCAUGGUGUUCCCUCGUCUCAUAGCGUUUCCUGAGUUAUAGAUUUCUCGCAUUGUAUUCUGUUACCGACAGAGUGAGAAAACGGUCACUCUUCGUUUCAGAGUUCUGGCAUUCGAUGGGGAUCGGGAACGACCUUUACGUAUCUACUAUUAUUCCUGUCGGUGAAAUGCAGCGCGCGUGUUUGUUUUAGACGGGAACUUAUUACAAGCUUAUUGUUCUUCCUCGCAUGUUUAAUUUUCUGCUAUUCGUUUCACAACAUUUCUAAUUCUCCCUCCUCUUCAGCAUCUGAGGAACUACGCGACUGGCAAGAGCUCCAAGGAAGAAAGUAUCAAGGUAAAAUGUUUUCAUUGGGUGCCUCUUUUCUAGCUUUAUCCCCACCAGACCAGUGGUUGCUUACGUUUUCCUAUUGAAAUAUUUUUUCGUUUCUUUUCUCUCCGGAAGUGGAUCCAUUUCCUGUUUGUAGAGAUCGUGCAUUUUUUUAAUCUUUAUACUUCUUCAGAUAAAUGGCAGCAAUGCUUGCGUAUAGUAUUGAAGAUUCUUUUUUUCAAAUUAGUAUGUGGAAGAAAGCCUCUUAGCAAUUCCAUCUGACAUGAAUAAAUUUAGGUAUAUCUCUCCUUCAAAGUUUACACAUGUUUUGAACGUUGUUGGUUCCUUAUGUGAUGUGGGGUGAUUAAUGUAAUCCUUACCUAUCCUACAAUUUUUUAAAACAGAAAAUACAUUUUCAAAAGAAUUUUUGUAAAUUUAACAAGUCGUCCCUAGAAACCCUUUACAUGCUUAUAGAUGUUCCACAUGAUCGUCACACACUGGACCUGAGGAAGAUAGUAGAAUUUACUUUGGUCAUUUUGCUCCAAGUCGUGAGAACGCAACUUUGCUAGUAUGUUACAAACAUUUCGAUAUUUCGUAAAAGGCCCAACAAUGUGUACAUUUUUAAUUCAAGGGUCUCUUUAAACAGGAGGAAGACACGAGGAAAUGCAUGCAGGAUUCCAUUUUGUGCAGAAAAUGUUUAUCUGCAUUUAAGACAGAAAAUUGAUCUCAAGCAUAGGAUGGACAAAUGCUAAGAAUGGCAUUUGAUUACACCAGGGUUGGGCUGCAGAAAGCUAGAGUUUUGGACAAACCUGGCUGAACAGGAACAAAGUUGUCCCUUGGUAGGCCUAGACAGGUCCUCAAAGUAGGGGUAGAUAAUUGGAGGCAACUGAUUUUGGAAGUGAGGUAGUAGAAACUAAGCAGCCGUUAAGUGUAGGUCAUUUUGAUUCAACCUUGAUUAAAGCUAUUGUGGCUUUCUUAGGAUCUUGCUGGCCUCUAGAUAGGUUUAUGGGUCUAUACACUAACAGAAACAGGUGACGUGAUUAUUCAGGUAUCUCUCCUGGAUAUCAAUCAAUCCCUAUGUUUCACUAUGUGUAAUGUUUCUUUUUGUAUAUCACAUAACUUCCGCAUCAGUUUUUGUUUAUUUUCUUGGUUUAUUAUGUAGGUGAUGUCUAUGCCAUAUCUAGUUGAGUGUUUGCAUUUAGUAUUUUAUUUGACAAUAGAAUGCAUAAUUACUUCCAGAAUUACUCUUCUUUGCGUUUAUCUUGUGGAAUAAUUGAAUUGUUUUCUGAAUUUGGCAUAAACAAAAAUUUAUCACGUGAAAGCGAUAGUCAUGCAUGCUUUGGUGGAGACAAUUCUGAUUUAGUUAGAAUGUUAAACACCAUUGUAUACUGCUUUAUCUUUUCCAAUGGGUUCACUUAUGUAAAAAUGUAGUUGACUAUUUCUUCAACGUUCAGUCAUUCCUCACAUGAAGUCUUUCAAUGAAUUCUUUCGCAAUUGCUAUUGCAGACUACUUGUGAACUCUGCUGACUAUCACAUUUUCAGGUGCCUCUGUCAUUAUUCGGAGUUUCUGGGAACUAUGCAUCUGCGCUUUUUAUUGCAUCCUCAAAAGCAAAUUCAUUGGAUAAGGUUGAGGGGGAGUUGACGAGGCUUGUUGCAGCUUCAAAAGAGAGCCCUGUAUUUUCUCAGUUUAUAAAGGAUUUGUCUGUGCGUGCGGAUGUUAGGGUGAAGGCUGUACAAGAGAUCUUUUCUGAAGCCGGUUUUUCAGAUGUCACCAAGAAUUUUCUUGGUAUGAGAUUAAACUACUUCCUAGCUUGCCAAUGUUCUUGAAGUGGCAUCAUGUGUGUCUUUGGUAUCAUGUAUCUUACUGACUAGGGGGAUUGUAGGACACUAAGAGGGAGAUAAAACGAUAAAAGUGAAGAUAAGUGAUGGAGGUAAAGGAUAUUCAUGUGACCAUUGUGCUGUGCCUCAGAUACCAUAAAUUGGAGCGGUAUUAUAUAGCCCAUAUCUGCAUCCCUUGAUCGGAAAAUUCUGCAAAGAAUGUUGCCAGCAUCAAUGGCCUAGAUCGAAGUGGAGACGACUUUAAUCCAUUUAGCUAUCCAAGUCAACUUUAACCCUGCUUUAGGACUCUGGGUACCUGGCCCUGUUAUGAUACAAUUGAAGGUCGAACUGCACUAGUCAAACUUUCUGCCAUGGGGACAUUCCCAGUAAUGCCAUUGGCCCACCUCCAUGUAAUGUUCAUUGGCUAUCCUCAGAUCAGCUGACCAGAGGCAUAUUCAGGGAAUUUAUGUUUAUGUAAAAUAUAGAUAUACAUAUCACACGUUGUGUCAAGAACAGUUGGGUUUUUGAAGGUUUUUACCAACUUAAUCACGUGCUUAAACUUGUUCCCAAAUUGAUGUAGGGCUUAUGUUGCCUUAAAUGCCUUAAAUGGAUGUUUCUACUUAUGUUAGCUCGUUGCAUAUUUAUUGUUAUACUUCUGUUUCUCUUCAUGUCUUGUUUGGGUGCUGGAUUUUGCUCAACUCAGAUUUCUCAAGGUUUAGCUUGUCAAGUGGACAACCUUCUUUGUCCGAAUUUUGAUCUUGUCAUCUUUUUGGAAAAGCUAUAAUGGCUGAGAAGGGAAGGCUGAGGCACCUUGAGAAGAUUGCUAAGACCUUUUCAGAUUUGACAAUGGCGCACAAGGGUGAAGUGAAGGUUACUGUGACGACUGUGAUUGUAAGUCUCCUCCCUCAUGGUUGUCUCUGAUAUCUAUCCAGCAGUGUACAUGAUGGUUAACCAGCUUUAUUUUUUAAGUGAGCUCAUUGGGUUAUCAGUUCACAGCUAUAAAUAGUAUGCUUUAUAUGCUUUCAGAUGGUAUUUUUUUUCUUGUUUUAUGUAAUGUAGAAAUUGCGGUUAAGAGCAGAUUUGAAGCUGAUCUUGUGCGUUCUGUGCGGAUGGUCUUCCUCUUUCAUCUAUACUUUGUUCUUCGUUAUAUGUUUCAAUUAGAUGUCACUAUUAUCUAAAUAUUUGAAAGAAUAUCACUUAUGGCCUAAGAAAUUGGCUACUAGGUGAAAUUACUUUCUUUCUGGUGAAUAUUUUCGUCUGGAGAGAUUCGAAAAUCUUCUGCAGGAGGAGAGGAUCGAUAUUUAAUGCAAGAAAUUGUGUGCCCAAGUGCCAUUUCGUUGCCUCGCUCUCAAUGAUUUGUUGUCUGUACUUUUGUCAAGAAAUCUUGGGUCAGUUAGACGGGUUGGGUUCCUUCUGGGAUUUCUUCUCGGCACUGAUGAUUCCUGUUUUUCUUCCAGCCGCUUCCUGCAGAAGAGGAGAAGCAGCUGAAGGAAACACUGCAGGACAUCAUCGGGCAAGGGAAGACUGUGAAAGUAGAACAGAAGGUACCGCCCUCUCACUACAUAAUCAGUCAACUCUCAGACACUGCAAAGAUUAAUUGCAGCUAUAUCUCAAGACUGACUCUCUCUCUCUCUCUCUCUCUCUCUCUCUCUCUCUCAUCUCGAUCUCAAGACUGACUCUCUCUCUCUCUCUCUCUCUCUCUCUCGCAUUUAACUAUCUUUAUGUGUGUACAUAUAUGCAUGCAUUUGCCUGUUGCUGAAGGUGGAUUCUUGUCUGCAGAUUGAUCCUAGCAUCCUCGGAGGGUUAGUGGUGGAGUUUGGGCAGAAGGUCUUCGACAUGUCGAUAAAGACCAGGGCGAAGCAGAUGGAGAGGUUCUUGAGGGAGCCCGUCAACUUUGAAAGCUUCUAG